GACAACGUAUCUCUCCAUGUUGACAUAAAAGUUUUGUAGGUCGACUUGGCGGGAUAACGCAAUUUAGACAUACAAGUAUAAGUCGACUUGGCGGGAUAACGCAAUUUGUAGACAUACAAGUAUAAGUCGACUUGGCGGGAUAACGCAAUGUAGAUAUACAAAUAAGUCGACUUGGCGGGAGAACGCAAUGUAGACAUACAACUAUUUAUAAGUCGACUUAGCGGGAAAACGCAAUUGUAUACAGAUCUGCCAACUUUCCAUUUAUUGAGAAUAACAGUCGGACAAUGAUUCAUAUCAAUAAAUUGAAAUCAUGUUCAUGUAAUUGGAAUUAAAACUAAUCACAUUAAUGCAAAUGAUAGAUCGGUAUUUAUAUCAUUUACCCAUUGCCCUCCACUGAGAACACUUUGAAAGUGUCCCCGAAUGAAUGAAAUGAUGUAUAAUUAUGUUCAUGCCUUGUGUUGUCCUAUACAUUCUUCUGACACCCGGUUCUGACAGCAGGGGAUGUGAUGGUUCUAAGCUGAUUCAGUCAAUCAAUAUGAUGAGACCUUAUGAUAUUUACGUUUAUCAUUCAAAACACAAACUUAUUUACUUUUAAAGGAAUUCGUAGAGAUACAUGUAUACGCUCAAGCGUACACCCUGUGAGAAGUUGUUAUUGUGGCAGAAUCGCGUGUAUAAUUAUGAACCACUGAACUGUCUGUACCACUAGAAGUGGUAUGUAGGCUAUAGUUCAGUGGUAUGAACAGGACAACUAAUACACGCGUCAUCACAAUGUCGAAAAAGGGUUUACUGGAACGGCUCGAGGAAGGCCCGAUCGUCGGGGAUGGUAGUUUUGUGAUUACCUUGGAGAGGCGUGGCUAUGUCAUGGCCGGUAAUUGGACGCCAGAGGCUUGUAUAGAAUAUCCCGAAGCAGUAAAGCAACUUCACCGUGAAUUCCUUCGGGCAGGCGCUGACGUCAUGCAAACGUUCACAUUCUAUGCUUCUGAGGACGCAAUGGGGAUAAAGGCUGACGAAAAACCAGAUUCAUCCAAUGGGACCACUUCCGAUUGGGAAAGGAUCAACUAUGUAGCGUGCGACCUUGCCCGUGAAGUUGCCGACGAAGGUGGCGCCCUGGUAGCCGGUAGUUUGUCACCUAUCACGUCUUACAAGGAGAAAACUGCGGGCAAAGAAUUCGUCCAGAAUGAAUUCAAGAAACAGUGUGAUAUAUUUGUGGAGAAGGGAGUAGACUUCAUGCUCGGUGAGUUUUUCGCUGAAGCUGAAGAAGCAGAAUGGGCCAUAGAGGUGAUGGCUAAAACCGGUCUUCCUGUAGCAUGCAUGAUGAGGAUAGGCAAAAUGGGAGACGAGAGCGGGGUCCAACCAGGCGAUGCUGCAGUCAGAAUGGCAAAAGCAGGUGCUAAUGUGGUUGGUGUGAACUGUUGCUACGAUCCUGACACGGCCUUGAAGACAAUUGAAUUGAUGAAAGAAGCACUGAAUGAAGCAGGCUUAGAGAACGUUUAUCUUAUGAUGCAACCUGUAGGGUACCACGCCCAAGAGAUUGCUGAUGACCCUAGAGGAUACUUCGCGCUUCCAGAAUUCCCUUUUGCCAUGGAGCCGCGCGCUCUCACAAGAAUAGAUGUCCAUAAAUUUGCCCGUAAGGCCUAUGAUCUGGGCGUGCGAUACAUAGGAGGAUGCUGUGGGUUCGAACCCUAUCACAUAAGGGCAAUAGCGGAAGAGCUGAGUACAGAGCGUGCUCGUAGACCUCCGGGGAAAGAUAAACACGAAGGAUAUCGUUCACUCAGACGAAGCUCCUUCCAAAGUCAAAGAGAGAGAGCCAAUCCACAAUAUUGGAACAGUUUGGUUCCCGCUGCCGGACGGGCAAAUAUUCAUAAGCUAGCAGAGGAACAAGCAGAGAGUCCAGCAGAAUAACGUUUAUGCUGUCUAGGCUCAAACAUGUCAUAAUAUCUACAUUAUUUUUUAUUUCUAUCCUUUAAACUAUUAAUCCUGCCGACGUUAUAAAUAUAGCGCACAAUUUAUAUGGCUAUUUCUUCUCUCAAAAGUUCAAAUGUAAAUAUGUAUAUAAAGUGGUGCUCAAAAGUUAGAGAACACCACAAGAAAAUUAACAUAUGUAAAGAGUUCAAGUUCUUCCAUGUUUUAGAUAUUUAAUUGUGAAGUCAAGUAAUAAAAUGUUACUCUCAAGAAAGUUUGUUUCUCUGCGGUCGCCGAAGAUUGUAGUGUUGUUGUCUACAUUCAACACUCAGCAUGAAGGAGUUCAUUUUGUGGUAGGGUUCACUAACUUAUGAGCACGUCUUUCCUUGCCCAUAUUAAGAAUUUAUUAUUUUGAUGAAGAUCGAAAGAUUGUUAACGUUUUGGUUUCGCCCCCUUUAAAACUUUGUGCUGAGUAUAACAUGCUAAUUUAAAAUUGUAUUAUAGCUUUUUGCUUAUACAGUAAUGGUAUUACCAUAAAUUGUUAUCCGUGGAUACAUUCUGCAUUGAAAUAUCGUACAUUAUUGGAUUACUUGUAAUCAGGAAUAAGUAUUUUAUUUCUUAUCUUAGUGUUGGGGCAGACCCUCGUGAAUCCUAUAGUUUAAAAAGUAUUGACCUUAUUUAAUAUCUCGGCGUAUAUCAGUGCCUUGCUGUCACUUCAGUUAUGUUCAGAUAUUAGUAUGAAUAUGGGCUCUCUUUUCAUAUUAAAUAUACCAACAUCAUCAAGAAAAGGGAAUGUGAAUAGGUUUGGUUAUGUUUAUAUGCGAUAAACCAACCUCGCCCUUUUCAUAAUGUUGUAAACUGCAUGCGAUAAAAAUGAAUAAAAGCAGUUCAGUUGCAUCUUUUUUCUGCCGCCCAAGCAGAAAAUUAACGUCUUAUUUUUCAAAAUCUUAUUUUUCAAAAUUUUGACAAACAUAAUACCAAUUUGGGAAAACAAUCAAUUUCAUUUUCUGGUCCUACUUUAUGGAAUCAUCUGCCAAGUAAUAUUAGAAUCACCCCCAGUCGCGAGAUAUUUAGCAAAUCGUUAAAAGUAAUGCUACUGGAAGAUAAAUACUGCCUGAAAACAAAUAAUUCUAUAUAAAUAUUUUGUGAAUAAUUAAGAUAUUUUUCUUGUAAAUAGUGUAAAUAUGUUCACUAAAAAUGAUCGCAAUUUUCUGCAACAGUAAUAAGUAGAAUUAGUACUGAAUUUGAUGUACAAUAUUGAGAUUUAGUUAAAAUUCUUGUUUAAACUAUGAUAAUGACAUUACUUGGGACUAACCUCGAUUAGCAUCUUGCUAUUAUGUUAGCUCCAAUUACCAAAUUUUUUGUUUAUAUGUGAUUUACUAUUCCAUGUAAUUGUACCUGACUGUGAUAUUUGGUAAUAAAUUAAAUUAAAAAAUAAUUAUGUUCAGUGCGAGUCAGGGGCGGUCUUGCGAGUAGUGGGGGCUGGGGCAGCAUGUACCCUUCCUUUGAUUUUCAAGUAACGAUGAAACAAAGUAAGGAGAUGAAACAUGAAAAAGAAAUCUCUGAAAGUGAAAGAAAUGAAGAACGCGCGUUGAAAGGGAAUUAUUCUCUCCAAUAUUGUUACAAUAUCCCAUUAUAUAUGUAUUAAACCUUCCCCUAAAAACUUGGAAAUUUGAAUUUUUUGUGCAAUUGUAGCCGAAGUGUGAUAGUUAAGUUUGUAAAUACUGCAGAAACGUACAUAGUCGUUUGGGAUGACAUUAGGCCUACGUUGAUUUGGAAUGGCUCGAUCACACUUUAUGGUGUUUAUGUAUAUUUGUUCUUCUAUUAACAAUUUUGUUUUUAUUUACAUGGAAAAUGUGAUCAUCUGAAAUUCAUUGCACAUGAAAAAAAGGGAGUUGAUUGUCGAAUUGAUUGUUGAACUGAUCGUUGAUUGUCGAAUUUACAGAUAAAAACGGGUGCUUGAUGAUUAAUUCCUGCAUUUAUUAUCAUGAAAUGAUUCAUUUUUUUAAUUAUAUCUAUUAUCUCGAAAAUAAGUGUUUAUGAUGUAAACGCAGCAAUAUUAAAAUACGUCUUUAAUGCA